AAAUUUCUCGAACUCAAACAAAUUAUCUUGAAUACAAUAUAAAAAAUGGCGAGAUUCGUCCAAGUCCUCUUAAUAUAAAUGGUUUCUUAAAUACUAGAUUAUCACAAGCUGCAGAUGAAGCUUGCAAAUUUGUUAAAGCAGCUGAAUAUUAUAGGAAAUUUAUACCAAAUUUUUCUCAAAUCGUGGAACCACUUAGAAAAUUAGUCCCAACUACACGAACUCAGCAAAAUAAAUGGCAAACAACUAUUGUUACAUUAACCAAUGAAGAAAUUAAAGCCUUCGAACAACUGAAAAAAUUUCUUGCAACUGAUUUCGUAUUGCGACUUCCAAAUAAUAGAUUCCCUUUUAAAGUUUGUGCAUUAGAUAGAUGGCAUAAAUAUUUAAGUGAAAUUAAAUUUAUACGGAAAACUGAUCAUAAAGCAUUAACACAAUUAAAUCAAAAAGUUCAAAUUAAUAAACGACAUGAAAGAUGGAGAUUAAAAGUUUCAGACUAUGACUUCAAUGUGAAAUAUAUUCCAGGUUUAACAGAUUCUAUGCCUGAUUAUUCAUCGAGCUCUCCAGUUGACGACGCAGAAGAAGAUCCUAAUGAAGUUUCAUUUGUUAUUUCGAAAUCCAUACAAACCGCUUUUUUAGAUGUUAAAAAUCAUUCAUCUAUAGUCGCGGCUGUUCAAACUCGUGCUAUGAAAUUACGCAACCAAACUUUAAAUGAUACAACUGAUAUACAAAAAUUAACAUCGGAUUCUCUAAUUCCUCGUUCAUCCAAUUUAUCAUCAAAUACUUCAAUUACAAAGAAUCGAAUAAUUCCAUUCAGAAUUGGCGAAUUAAUACAAACUCAAAUAAAAUAA